CUAUUUCUUCAAUUUUUCCUUGUUGAAGUUGAAGAUGGAUCCAAAUCAAGUAGGAGACAUAAUUUUUAAAUCAAAACUCCCUGAUAUUAACAUCCCUAAUCAUCUUCCUUUACAUACUUAUUGCUUCCAAAACAUUUCACAAUUCAAUAAUCGUCCAUGUUUGAUCAAUGGAUCCAAUGAUCAAAUUUACACACAUGCUGAUGUUGAGCUCACUUCAAGAAAAGUUGCAAUUGGUCUUAACAAGUUAGGGAUCCAACAAAAGGAUACCAUAAUGAUCCUCUUGCCUAAUUCACCUGAAUUUGUAUUCACCUUCUUAGGUGCGUCAUAUAUUGGAGCUAUUUCCACAAUGGCAAACCCUUUGUUUACACAAGUAGAGGUGGUGAAACAAGCCAAAGCCUCAAAUGCCAAGCUCAUUAUCACACAAGAAUGCAAUUUCAACAAAGUGAAGGACUAUGCAUUUGAGAAUGAUGUGAAGGUCAUUUGCAUUGACGACAACUCAUCGUCUGAGGGCUACUUACACUUCUCAGACUUGAUUUCAAAUUCUGGAUUCACCUCUGAACACGACCAUCUGCCUGAGGUGGAAAUCCAUCCAGACGAUGUGGUGGCACUACCGUACUCGUCCGGGACCACGGGGCUACCAAAAGGGGUCAUGUUGACACACAAGGGACUAGUCACUAGUGUGGCACAACAAGUUGAUGGUGAAAAUCCAACUUUGUUUUUUCAUAGUGAAGAUGUGAUACUUUGUAUCUCACCUUUAUUUCACAUUUAUGCCUUGGAUUCUGUUCUACUUUGUGGAUUAAGAGUUGGAGCAGCAAUCUUGCUUAUGAAGAAAUUUGAUAUUGUUACAUGCUUGGAAUUGGUACAAAAAUACAAAGUUACAAUUGGACCUUUUGUACCACCUAUAAUUUUGGCCAUUGCUAAGAGUCCAAUAGUUGAUAAUUAUGACCUUUCAUCAGUAAGGAUAGUCAUUUGUGGGGCAGCACCAUUAGGAAAGAAGCUUGAAGAGGUAGUUGGAAUCAAAUUUCCUAAUGCUAAACUUGGUCAGGGUUAUGGAAUGACGGAGGCCGGUGCACCAAUAACAAUGUGCUUAGCAUUCGCAAAAGAACCUUUUGAGAUAAAAUCAGGGGCAUGUGGUACAGUAAUAAGGAACGCAGAGAUGAAAAUUGUGGAUCCAGACACUGGUAUUUCUCUUCCUCGAAAUAAACCUGGAGAAAUUUGCAUUAGAGGUGACCAAAUUAUGAAAGGUUAUUUGAAUGAUCCUGAGGCAACUACAAGAACAAUAGAUAAAGAAGGAUGGUUACAUAGUGGUGAUAUAGGUUAUAUUGACGAUGAUGAGCUUUUUAUUGUGGAUCGAUUGAAGGAAUUGAUAAAAUAUAAAGGAUUUCAAGUAGCACCAGCUGAGCUUGAAGCACUUCUUCUUACCCUUUCUAGUAUUUCAGAUGCUGCUGUUGUACCCAUGAAAGAUGAACAAGCAGGGGAAGUUCCAGUGGCUUUUGUUGUUAGAUCAAAUGGAUCCACCAUUACUGAGGAUGAAAUCAAGGAUUUUAUCUCUAAGCAGGUGAUAUUUUAUAAGAGAAUAAAGAGGAUAUUUUUUGUGGAUGUGAUUCCUAAAUCUCCAUCAGGCAAAAUACUUCGAAAGGAUUUAAGAGCCAAACUGGCUGCUGAGCUUCAAUCCUGAUUAACACCUUGGUCUUUUGGGCCAAUUAUAUCUACGUUACAUAGUCUUUAUAU